AUGGAUGAAAACCUGCAGGGCCAGGCUUCGCGAGGGGGAGGAUGGCACAGCGCACAGUGGGAGUCGGCAGAGGUGGGCCGGCUGAGCGCAGGAGGCCUCCCUGUGCCAGACCCACCCCCUCCGCCGCCCCUGCCCGCACCCGGAGGGCGGGGCCGCGGUCCUCUGGUGCUCACGCCACCCCUGGCGUGGCGGGCAGGUGGGGACAGGACCCUCUCCAAGGCCACGAUGGAGAUCUGCCCCACACCCACCCUGGCCACCUCUCUGAGGACCCUGCCCUGCCCUGGAGAGAAGGAGGAACGAGGCCCAAGGACGACCUGUGUCCUGUGGGAAAAGCUAGUGGAGAAGAAAGGAACCCUAGAGAGAAGGCUGUGGAGCUCGGAGCGCUAUGUGGAGAAUUUGCUGUCAGAGAUCAAGCGCCCAGAGUCAAGAGCAGCCAAGGGUGGGCCGACCAAGGGAGGUCCUCACUGCAGCUGCUCUCUUGCAGGGAAGGACUUGGAGCCCAAUGGCCAGCCGCUGCCGAGGGACGAAGGGCCCCCGACCCCGGGCUCUGCCACCAAGGGGCCACCGGCAAACCGCCGAGCCUCCCCUCCCUCUGCCUUUGCCUCGGCGCUCCCUCCACCAGGGCCUCAGUUUCUCUAUCUGUUAAAGGACCGCAGCCCCUUCCAGCCCCAGAUCCUGGAUUACUGCUCUCAGCCCGUGCAGCGUGUCCAGCGGGCCUGGCAGGCUAUCCGCGGGACGCUGAAGAGCUGGACCAAGCUGUGGUGCGUGCUGAAGCCUGGCGUGCUGCUCAUCUACAAGACGCCCAAGGUGGGCCAGUGGGUGGGCACCGUCCUGUUGCACUGCUGCGAGCUCAUCGAGCGGCCCUCCAAGAAAGACGGCUUCUGCUUCAAGCUAUUCCACCCGCUGGACCAGUCCGUCUGGGCCGUGAAGGGCCCCAAAGGCGAGAGUGUGGGCUCCAUCACACAGCCCCUCCCCAGCAGCUACCUGAUCUUCAGGGCCGCCUCAGAGUCCGAUGGCCGCUGCUGGCUCGACGCCCUAGAGCUGGCUCUGCGCUGUUCCAGCCUCCUGCGACUCAGCUCGUGCAAGCAGGGCCGUGACGGGGAGCCCGGGUCCUCGCCGGAUGCGUCGCCCCCCUCGCUCUGCGGGCUGCCCCCCUCGGCCACCAUCCACGACCAAGACCUGUGCCCGCUGAAUGGCUCCUCCCUGGAGAACGACGCUUUCUCGGACAAGUCGGAGAGGGAGAACGCAGAGGAGUCGGACAACGAGGCCCAGGACCACAGCGGAAAGACGAACGAGAGCAGGAGUGUCCAGUCGGAGACCCUGGAGGGCCUGGCGCCCGGGGGGACCACGUAUGUGGAGCAGGUCCACGAGGAGUUUGGGGAGCUGGGCCAGGCCUCCCAGGUGGAGACUGUGUCCGAGGAGAACAAAAGUCUGAUGUGGCUUCUGCUGAGGCAGCUGCGGCCGGGCAUGGACCUGUCCCGCGUGGUGCUGCCCACCUUCGUGUUAGAGCCCCGCUCCUUCCUGGACAAGCUCUCAGACUAUUACUUUCACGCCGACCUGCUGUCCAGGGCCGCCCUGGAGGAGGACGCCUACAGCCGCAUCAAGCUUGUACUGCGGUGGUACCUGUCAGGCUUCUACAAGAAACCCAAGGGGAUCAAGAAGCCGUACAACCCCGUCCUGGGGGAGACCUUCCGCUGCCGCUGGUUCCACCCCCACACCAGCAGCCACACCUUCUACAUCGCGGAGCAGGUGUCCCACCACCCGCCCGUGUCCGCCUUCCAUGUCAGUAACAGGAAGGACGGCUUCUGCAUCAGCGGCAACAUCACAGCCAAGUCCCGGUUUUACGGGAACUCCCUGUCGGCUCUGCUGGACGGCAAGGCCACGCUCACGUUCCUGAACCGUGCGGAGGAUUACACCCUCACCAUGCCCUACGCCCACUGCAAAGGAAUCCUGUAUGGCACCAUGACCAUGGAGCUGGGAGGCAGAGUGACCAUCGAGUGUGAGAAGAACAACUUGCAAGUUGAGCUGGAAUUCAAGCUUAAGCCUUUCUUCGGGGGCAGCACCAGCAUCAACCAGAUCUCGGGGAAGAUCACGUCCGGAGAGGAGGUCCUGGCCCAUCUCACCGGUCACUGGGACAGAGAAGUGUUUAUCAAGGAGGAGGGCCGAGGAAGCACCGAGCUCUUCUGGAACCCGAGUGGGGAGGUCCGGGGGCAGAGGCUGAAGCGGCACACGGUGCUAUUUGAGGAGCAGACCGAGCUGGAGUCGGAGAGGCUCUGGCAGCACGUCACCAGGGCCAUCGGCGAGGGCGACCAGCACAAGGCCACACGGGAGAAGUUUUUGCUGGAGGAGGCACAGCGGCAGCGGGCUCGCGAGCGCCAGCAGAACCUCACGCCCUGGAAACCGCAGCUGUUCCGCCUGGACCCCGCCACCCAGGAGUGGCGCUACCUGCACGAGGACCACAGCCCCUGGGAUCCCCUGAAGGACAUCAGCCAGUUUGAGCAAGACGGGGUCUUGCACACCGUACAGCGGGGGACCACGGCCCACCGGACCGCCUUCCUGGGCAGCCCGGGGCCCAGGCACCAGCUGGAGGCCGGCAAGGCAGCCACGGGCAGUGACAGCAAGGCAGGGGUGGCCCCAGUCUCCCAGCAGGCAGGCCAUGCCCUCGUCCACAUGACACCCCUGACUCGCCCCCUCAGCCCUGAUCACCUGACGGGCGCAAUUCCCAGCCACUCCACUCCUGAUGCCCCCCCUUGGCUGUCAGCCGCCUUCCACGCAGAGAUGGGAGACCAGCGGGCCGUUGCUCCCUUCUCCAGAGCUGUCCUGGCAUGUUCCGUGGCUGCCGUGUCCGCGUGGGGCUGUACAUCCCCGGCAGGGUCCCCCUGGGCUCAGCUGGAGCACGAGGGGCCAGCGGGGGGUGUGGGUGGGCACAGGCGGGCCCCAAAGCGGCAGUGGCUCCCUGGCCUUUCUAGGGGCCUGGCCCACACCGGCAUGGCUCCUGCAAGGCUGGGAAGGACCAGCUGUCCGGCCAGGUCAAUGGAGAGCAGCUCCAUGCCUGAGUCCUGCCCAGAGCCUGACGAAGAGGAGGAGGACGGUGACUUAUCCCGUGAGCCUCCUGAGCUGGGGCAGGUGAGGGCUGCCAGGUAA